AUGAGUGAUGUCAGCUUAUCUGAUCUCGAGACUUUAUUAAAAAGCACUCAAGGGAAAGUAGAAAAACUUGAAGAACAUAUAUCUGAUCUAUCCAAUAAAUUCCCUGUUGAUAUAAACUUUAGGAUUUCUCGAAUUAGAAAACUUAUUUCCCAAGCAGAGCAUAGAAAAUCAUUUUUAGACGAUUUCGAAGAACCUCCAGCACUCCCUGAAGUUAACGAUCAAGAAUAUAUCAAGACUUCUUUGGACAAAGUUUAUAACGAAUUAAUAACGAGUUUUCAAGAUAUAGAUAAAUACCAAACAAAAUGCAUAGAAAAGUUUGUUAGAGAACAUCCUGGUCCAUAUUAUAUUCCGAGACCUAAAAAGUCUAAUUUUCCAAUAGAAAGAUACAAAGAAUUAAAAUCACAGCUUCAAAUAGAGAAAGAAGAAGUGAAUAAGAGAAUUAGUCAACUAAAUGAAAAAUUAUCUCGUGUUGCGUCAAAUAAUGACUCGAAUUUUUCCGCAACUAUUAAGCAAAUGAACAAGGAUAUAGAUAAUCAAUCAAAUGAAAUGAGAGAGCUUAUGGAACUCCAAUCAACUCUUAAGUUAUCUCUUCUUGAUGCAAUUUCAAAGAUUGAAAGAACUAAUACAAACGAUAAGAUUGAUCCAAAUGAAGAUAAGCUGCGUAGAAUUAAUAUGGAGGCACUUGCUUCAUACAGAAAGCAAGAUGCAAAACUUGAUAUGACAUAUUCAACCUUAAAUACGGUUUCUCUAAGUAUAACAAACGAAAUAAAUGACAUUAACUCAAUUAUGAAAUCCAUUUCUAUACGUGAGGAAUCAAUUAAAUCUGUUUUAGAUACAUACUCCCCAAUUGUUGAAAAGGCAUCAAUAAAAUGCGGUCAGAUACAAAAUUCUAUAGAGGAAAGUACCACCAAUAUAGAAAAUAUCAAGAAAAAUAUGUCUCAAUCACAAACUAAUGAAAUGCUUGGCGAAUUAACUCAAAAAUGUCAAAAUUGUUCUGAUGAAAGCAAGGCAGCAAUAUCUGAGGCUAAAGAUAUUGUAAAGCAGACAGUUGAUGAGUUUGAUAAGAAUAAUUAUCCUAUUUAA